CUUAGAGUACAAACGCAGGCGAGCAGCGCCAGAUUCCCGCUCUUCUAUUGGGUUUUACAUGAACAGCAGAGCACGAAAUAAAGAGGCCUUCUGUCAUUGGGCCAUUGUGUGAAUCUCCUUUUGCCUUCUCUGCCGACUGAAUUAACGUCCCAGGAUUUUCGUCAUGACUCUUAAAUCUGGGCUUGUCAGUUCGGCCCAGCGUUCCAGGUCUCUAGGCACAGCAUGGGACUUUCAGAGUUUAGCCAAUCACAUAGCGUUGAGAUCAGGUUGCCAGGCAGAUUAUGCUAAUAAGACCCCGCCUUUUAUGCUGCUCCCACUCUGCGGCGGGAAGAACCACCUGGAGGCGGCGGGGGGGGUUUGAUUUCCAUCACCCCUAGGGAGAGAGGAUCCGGGACCCGCUGAUCUUCCAGCUCCCCUCACCCCACGUCGUGCACACUGCAGAGACCUCCCUACCCUCCAUGAACACAUGUGUUCAGGACGUACAAGAGUGCCCUCUGUCCUGAGCUGCUGCUGUAGGUGGUUCUGACGGGAGCUGUCCAACGGGGACGAUGGAUUCCAAAGAUGAGAGCUCCCAUGUGUGGCCGACGUCUGCGGACCAUGACCAGAACACUGCACAGGUGCACUUUGUUCCGGAUGCCGGCACUGUGGCUCAGAUUGUAUACACCGAUGACCAAGGUCGUCCACCCCAGCAGGUGGUGUACACAGCAGAUGGUGCCUCCUACACAUCAGUGGACGGUCCAGAGCACACACUGGUCUACAUCCACCCGGUGGAAGCUGCACAGACUCUGUUUACAGAUCCAACUCAGGUAGCUUAUGUCCAACAGGAUGCUACAGCUCAACAGGUGCUGCCUUCCAUUGAGAGUGUGGAUGCUUCCGACCCUCUGGCAACUCUGCAGAACCCAAUUGCCAGACUAGAUGCAAAAGAGGAAGAGGAAGAGGAAGAGGAUGAGGAUGAGGAUACAGAGGAAGAGGAGGAAGAGGAUGCUGAAGACACAGAUGUGGAUGACUGGCAGCCUGACCCACCCCGGCCUUUUGACCCCCAUGAUUUGUGGUGUGAAGAGUGUAACAAUGCGCAUUCUUCUGUGUGCCCAAAGCAUGGCCCCUUGCAUCCGAUCCCUAACCGGCCUGUGCUCACUCGGGCGAGAGCAAGUCUGCCUCUGGUCCUCUACAUAGAUAGGUUCCUUGGGGGAGUGUUCUCCAAGAGGCGGAUUCCCAAGCGCACCCAGUUUGGCCCUGUGGAGGGGCCUCUGGUCAGGGGGUCAGAGCUGAAAGACUGCUACAUUCAUCUCAAGGUUUCUCUUGAUAAAGGAGACAGAAAAGACAGGGAUUUGCAUGAAGACCUGUGGUUUGAGUUGUCUGAUGAGACCCUUUGUAACUGGAUGAUGUUUGUGCGCCCAGCCCAGAACCACCUCGAACAGAACCUGGUAGCUUACCAGUAUGGCCACCAUGUGUAUUACACAACAAUAAAGAACGUGGAGCCCAAGCAGGAACUGAAGGUGUGGUAUGCUGCUUCCUAUGCUGAGUUCGUGAACCAGAAAAUCCAUGAUAUAUCUGAAGAAGAAAGGAAAGUUCUUCGAGAGCAGGAGAAGAACUGGCCCUGCUAUGAGUGCGAUCGCCGGUUCAUCAGCUCAGAGCAGCUGCAGCAGCAUCUCAAUUCCCAUGAUGAGAAACUGGACGUGUUUACCAGAACAAGAGGCAGAGGAAGGGGUCGAGGCAAGAGGAGAUUUGGCCCAGGCCGGCGACCCGGGCGUCCUCCAAAAUUUAUCCGUUUGGAAAUCACCAGUGAAAACGGUGAAAAGAGCGACGAUGGGACACAGGACUUGCUGCAUUUCCCCACAAAGGAGCAGUUCGAUGAGGCUGAACCAGCUGCUCUGAAUGGACUGGAUCAGCCAGAACAAGCAUCCAUCCCAAUCCCCCAGCUGCCACAGGAAACCCCGACUUCUCUGGAGCAGGAACCAGAAACUCACACCUUGCACCUGCAGCCACAGCAAGAAGAGACUGUGGUGCCUGCCCAGACCACUCUGACAGCGGAUGAUAUGCGAAGGGCCAAACGGAUCCGAUUGGAGCUGCAGAAUGCAGCUCUUCAGCACUUAUUUAUCCGGAAGUCCUUCCGGCCUUUCAAAUGUCUGCAGUGUGGGAAGGCCUUCAGGGAAAAGGACAAACUGGACCAACACUUGCGCUUCCAUGGGCGGGAGGGGAACUGCCCUUUGACCUGUGAUCUCUGUAACAAGGGCUUCCUCAGCAGCGCCUCCCUGGAGAGCCACAUGAAGCUCCAUUCCGACCAGAAGACUUACUCUUGCAUUUUUUGCCCAGAAUCCUUUGACCGCCUUGAUUUGUUGAAAGAUCAUGUGGCCAUUCAUAUCAAUGAUGGCUACUUCACCUGCCCAACUUGUAAGAAACGGUUCCCUGAUUUUAUCCAGGUGAAGAAGCACGUGCGCAGCUUCCACUCGGAGAAGAUCUACCAGUGCACCGAGUGCGACAAGGCCUUCUGCCGCCCCGACAAACUGAGGCUGCACAUGCUCCGGCACUCCGACCGCAAGGACUUCCUGUGCUCCACCUGUGGGAAGCAGUUUAAGCGAAAAGACAAACUUCGAGAGCACAUGCAAAGGAUGCAUAACCCUGAAAGGGAGGCCAAGAAAGCCGACCGCAUCAGCCGUUCCAAGACCUUCAAACCCCGCAUCACGUCCACAGACUACGACAGCUUCACAUUCAAGUGCCGUCUGUGCAUGAUGGGUUUCCGGAGGCGAGGAAUGCUGGUAAAUCACUUAUCCAAGAGGCAUCCAGACAUGAAGAUAGAAGAGGUGCCUGAGUUAACCCUCCCCAUCAUAAAGCCCAACCGCGAUUACUUCUGUCAGUAUUGUGAUAAGGUUUAUAAGAGUGCCAGCAAGCGCAAAGCCCAUAUUCUGAAGAACCAUCCAGGAGCUGAACUCCCACCAAGCAUUCGGAAACUUCGUCCUGCUGGCCCUGGAGAGCCUGACCCUAUGCUGAGCACCCACACCCAGCUGACUGGCACCAUCGCCACACCUCCUGUCUGCUGCCCACACUGCUCCAAGCAGUAUAGCAGCAAGACCAAGAUGGUCCAACACAUUCGAAAGAAACAUCCAGAGUAUGCCCAGCUCCCCAACACCAUCCACACACCGCUGACGACAGCCGUGAUCAGCGCCACCCCAGCCGUCUUAACCACAGAUAGUGCCACUGGAGAGACAGUGGUGACAACAGACUUGCUAACUCAGGCAAUGACAGAACUGUCCCAGACCUUAACGACAGAUUACCGAACACCUCAGGGGGACUACCAGAGGAUUCAGUAUAUCCCUGUGUCUCAGUCGGCAUCUGGGCUGCAGCAGCCUCAGCACAUACAGCUUCAAGUGUUGCAGGUGGCUCCGGCCACUUCCCCACACCACUCUCAGCAGUCCACCGUGGAUGUUGGCCAGCUGCAUGAUCCUCAGACCUACACGCAGCAUGCCAUCCAGGUGCAGCACAUCCAGGUCUCAGAGCCCACCGCUGCAGCGCCGUCAUCCUCCCAGGUAGCUGGGCAGCCACUGAGUCCCUCUGCUCCGCAAGCACAGCCAGGACUCAGCCCUUCCCACAUCCAAGGCAGUUCUUCCACACAAGGGCAGGCUCUGCAGCCGCAGCCGCAGAAUUCCUCCGUACAACACACAUACCUCCCCAAUGCCUGGAACUCCUUCCGUGGUUAUUCAUCUGAAAUUCAAAUGAUGACACUGCCCCCCGGUCAGUUUGUGAUCACAGACAGUGGCGUAGCAACUCCUGUCACCUCUGGGCAAGUGAAAGCAGUGACUCCGGGUCAUUAUGUGUUAUCAGAAAGCCAACCAGAACUGGAGGAAAAGCAAACCUCUACCCUCUCCGGUGCAGUCCAGGUUCAACCCUCUACACACAGUGACUCCCUGGACUCUACAAGCCCCAGCCAACAACAGACCACACAGUACAUCAUCACAACCACCACCAAUGGGAACGGGAGCAGCGAAGUGCAUAUCACCAAGCCGUAGCCUUCAUCCUGCACCUGGAGUCCAGAGCUCAUACCACAUCUUUUCAUUCGAAAUCUGAAGCUUCAAACACCUAGACCUCUUUUUAAAGAUUUAUUACUCACUCAAGCAUUUGGCAACUACAGUUUUGACACACAUAUGCCAGGGGUGAUUUUUCCAAGGUCAUCUUUACCCAAUUGACUCUUCAAACCCUUGGGAUUUCUGCCAUGGAAUGCAGCUCUUUCAAGGGAAAGUUGACUUCCUGAUGGAGAAACUCGGCCUUGCUCUUGAGCUGGUUGUUUGUUUUGUUUUCGUUUUUGAACACACUGACAAGCCUUACUGUCCCUUUGUGGAAAUUCUAAGUGGCAUAUUAUGUUCAUACCAAAGGUGGACACAGGAUGUACCAAGUCCAUGGUCAUUGGACUUCUGAAAUCCAAGCUAUGGCAUCAAAAGAGAAGGAGCAUUUAUUUCAUGGGUGUGAUUAGGUCAGAACCACUUUAUCUCAUGCAUUUGAGUUUUCAGUAAUUUAACAAAGGCAGCUUAUUGGAUGAAAAAAUUAAAAUGAUAAGAUAAAGUUUUGAUGAUGGUGUUCUGAAGGAAAAACUGUCAUCUAAAAAUUUUCUUAUUGCUGACCUCUCUCUCUUUCUCUCUCUCUCUCCUAUAUGAGGUCUCACUGUGCUGCCCAGUGUAACCUUGAACUUAUGGGCUCGUGAGAUCCUCCUGCCUUAGCCUCCCAAGUAGCUGGGACUACAGUCAGGCACCAUCAUGGCAGUUGUUUUUAAACUCCCUUGUUUGGGAAACCUAUUGGGCAGUGGUGGUGCUCCCCACAGAUUUGGGCAGUGGUGGUGCUCCCCACAGAUGUUGACCCCAGGCAGAUCUGGCUUCACCUUCCACAAGCAUAGACUCCCUGGAAGACAAAAGGCUGCAUGAUCUCAACAGGAUUUAAAGCCCCCACAUUAAAGCUCUACCUUCAGGCUUCCGGUUAUAUUUAACUGUGUUUAUGAAGGAGAUAUUAGUUCUAUGAAAAAUUACUAAAUAUAUAAAUUGAAUAUAUAUGUAUCUACAUAUAUAUGCUGCAUAAAUAUAUAUGUAUCUACAUAUAUAUGCUGCAUAUAUAUGUAGAUACAUAUAUACAUAUACAUAUGAAGAGAGAGACAGACAAAACUGAAACCUUGUCCUGCCUCGCAGGAUCCAUUUACUGCUCAUUAAUAAAGGUUGAGUUUCUUACUCCUACUGGGUUCAUCAGGUAUAUGUAUAACACUUUUUGUGAUGCUGGGAAUCAAACCCAGGGCCUCUUGCAUGCUGGGCAGGUCCCCCACCAUUGAGCUACAACUCUAGCCCCUACAUCCCACUUCUGUUCACAGCAUUGGGUGUAUUUUAGCACUUUCAAUGCUGUCUUAAAAAUGAAGAUUCUUUGAAGUUGGGUAGAAAGGUGGCCUUUCUUCUUUCUAAGCAUUUUAAAUUUCAAGAAUAUUGUAACUCACCCAGAUCUUGUUAAAGAUGACCAACUUCCCACUUAGGGCAAAAGUCAAAAUAAGGGGACCAUUGUAAUACACUGAGGUAAAAGGAUGGGUGUGGAGGACUAGCAACAGUUAGCUGGGAGAGGAAAGCAGUUUUCUGUGUGAUAGUCGUCUUCCUCGUGUUCCUGUGUGGGAGUCUUGUUUGUUGUGGCUCUAGUGGGGAAUAUUGCCCUCUUUCUAUGUCACAUUCCACUUGUACCCACAAGACAUCGGAAAAGCCUGUAUUUUAACAACUUUUUGUGACACACAUUUUAAAAAUAAUUAUUGCAGAGUGAAUUUAUCACUCCAGAUCAGGAAGACCUAAGUUCAUUUCAAAUGAAGUUGACUAAUUUAUUAUAUUUACAUUUCUGAGGGAAAACUGGGUCUGUGAAUUAAGAAAUAGAUUAUCUUCUGUGUGGUAAAGAUGCCUUCCUGGAAAGUAAUAUUUGCUUUUGAAGUCACUUUAUUAUGUAGAUCCUGCACUUUCCUUUUGAGAUCUUGUUCAUAGACUAUGUCUGAAUAUUUGGGCAUGAAAAGAACUUGAGAAAAUUACCUCAAAAAUGUGUGGAAACUGAAAAUGGACUCUGUAUCUUUGACAACAAAAAGGUAACAAUAUUUUCAAUAUGAAAUGUUGACUCCAAGUCACAAAAUGCAAGACUCCAGUUCCUAAAGUCCUGUGGUGUAAUAACUAACUAUCCCAAGGUCUCAGCCAGAGAGACUUGGAAGGCAAAGAGCACUAGACCAUCUCAAAGGUACAGUUUGAGUUUUUGUAAUUUAAAUUUGGCUGUUAGAGCUGGUGUGGUGGCGUACGCCUUUAAUCCCAGCACAGAGACAAAGGCCGGCAGAUCUCUGGAGUUGGAGGCCACUGUGGUCUACAGAGAAUUCAAGGACAGCCAGAGAAACUCUGUCUUGAAAAACAAAAAGUAAAUAAAUAAAUAAAUAAAUAAAUAAAUUUGGCCUGUUGGAUUAUCUUUAAUUUGAGCCAGCAAGGUAUCUCCCUUCUUCUCAGGAAUAGCCCAGUGAUUAAAAUAACAAGCCAAUCUCUGAAGGAAGGCUGGUUUUGUGUCAGUUAUUUUUCAAGUUUUAAAAUACCCAGGAAAAAUACUGUUGAAGGACUUUUUUGUCUCUUUCCCUUCUAAGUUUUUUUUUUCCUCUUUUAGUUCUUAUGUGGAGUAAAUAAAUACCAUAACAUCUAUCAUCAACCAGAGAUGUGGGUGACAGUGAAGACAUUGCCACUUUAAGAUCAGGUAUUUUAUGAAUUUAGCCCGAGGCAUCAGAAGGGAUGGCAGAGUAUAAUCCCUCUGACAGCCUGAUUUGGGGACAUGUAUGUCUACAUGGUGAUGUCUCCCCAGAUAUAUCAACGACACUGUAGACUGCAGUAUUCAGUACAGUGUGAAUAUUUUGAAGUGGGUUGGAUAUAGAUUUUUUUACAUUUUCAUUGUUUAGUCUGUACCCAGAGAAAUGGAUAUUUCAUCAUGUAAGAUUCCUGUUUUUCUGGAAAGACUUUCUGUUUUGAUGUUCUUGAAUUAUUUUCUGACCUGGAAUUAUCCUUUUAAAAAAAGAUUCUCCAAAUAUCUGGAGCUAAGAAGCACCUAAUGAGAUGCUGAAGCUGGCCCAUUGGUUGAAAGUAUUGAUUCUAUGCUGUUAUUUAAAUGUGAACACUUAUUGUAUAGUCAGUGAGUUAUAGUGUUAAUAGUCUUGUGCUAUCCAGCAAGUGUAAAAAUUAAUAAAUAUUUUUUUAAUAA